UGCGCUCACCCGUUUCGGAUUGAGCGACGUCCAGAUUUAACGCCCGGCAGCACCGAUAUGAUUGGCUGGUGGAGAUCGUGGCAAAAUAUGGUUGGCUUAACGGAAGUAGCAAACGCCAAUAGUCAGCUGAUUUCGAGGAAAGCGGGAGGAGAGGGAGAGAGAAUGUGAAUAAGAGAAUAAGCACAAACAAAGUGAUUCAACCCAAGUGCUUCAGGAAAUCGAGGCUGUUAGUCAGCCGAUGAACUUCCUCAUCUGAGCCAGUCGGUCGUCGGGAGCAGCGGCCCGCAGCACGUCAACAUGACGCUGGCGGAGUGUCUCGAAUCCGGACUGGACUUCAUUGAAUUUCUCGGAGACAGAAUAUCCAACAUCAGCAGGAAGGAACUUCGUGACAUCUACAACUCUGAAUUCAGGGGCAGAGAAGGAAUAAAGGACCCUAACUUUUCCAGUGUUCUCUAUGCCCUUGUGAAGUUCAACAAAGCCUACGUAAAACAGGGGAUGAUCUUCGUAAAUGUCAGACCUCAGCUUCGAGUGUACUGUGACCAGUGGAGGAGGCCCCGGGCCCCUCAGCAGCCGCAGAGUCCGAGCCCUGACCCCCAGAAGACGGCUGAAACACCUGCGCCCUCGAUCCCUGCGAUCCCUGUGCUGACCCCCAAGAAGAAGCUGGCCACGGAAGUCAUGCGCAAGUUAAAGUUGAACAGGAAAAAGUUGACAGCUGACAAGGGGGGCAUUGAGAUCACGUCAGACCCAGUGGCGGACGGUGGGAAGGUUCAGUUUACUGUGGAUCGUCUGAGAGAGUUGGUCAUCGUCAGGUUCCACAUCGUGAACAAGGGCAAAAACUGCAUCCACUUCACCUACUACACUGCCCUGCACAAGAUCCGCUGUUUCACUCUGGAGGAUGAGCGGAGGGUCAGCAGAGCCUGCCCGCUGUUCCUCUGUCCCGGAGAAAGCUAUGAAGUCGUGGUUCGGUACAUGCUGAACCACUACGGAUAUUUCCCCGCCACGAUGUACUUUGAGUUUUGCCCUGACGUGCCGGGAUCUGCGCCCUUCUGCAUUGUGAGGGAGAUGGAAGCGCUGGCCAGGACGCCGCUGGCUGUGGAGCUGGGGCCCGUGUCUCCGUACAAACCAUUCCAGGUGGUCACAUACAAGCCUGUCAACACCGUGAUAGUGGAGGGGGUACCUCCAGAGAGUACCGUCGUCCAGCAUCUGAGGAUAUCAGUGCCUUUGGCACAAUACAAGUACCAUCAUUACCUAAAGGAACUGGCUAAACAAAGGAUGGAGGACUCUGAGUACCUCUCCCCAGCUGCCCGGCAGAGACUCCCAUCAGUGAAGGGUCUCCUCACCUCCUCCUUAACGAUGAAGACAUACUUUCAGCGAUUUCACCUCCUGCUGCACCUGGAAGAGAUACAGAUGGAGGUGGACAUCAGGAAGUAUGACCUCCACAACCAAACCAUGACUCAAGAGAAAAGCAACAAAAAACUGCUCACGCUCAGAGUUCCCGGUGUUGCCGAGAAUCGACCAUCUGUACUGCGAGGAGAUUGUCUGAGGGUUUCCAAGUCUGAAGACAAGGUCCAGCCGAUCACUGUCUACAUGGGAUAUGUACACAGAGUCGAGCUGGAUGCAGUCAAGCUGGGCUUCUCAAACAAGUUGUUGCAGAAUUUCAUCAGCAAUAUGAAGUUUGACGUGGAGUUCACCAUCAACCGAUACCCCCUGAGGCUGCAGCAUCGUGCGGUGGAUUUGGCGACAAAACAUCAGCUGGAAGACGUGCUGUUCCCAUCUGGUGCUGCAGCAGCUAAUCUCUCCAUGCCUAAACUCAGGAUGUUCAACCGUCAGCUGGAAAACAACCCGCAGCAACACGCGGCGGUCCAGCGCAUCGUAGCCGGAUCGUCAAAGCCCGCUCCUCAUCUUGUGUUUGGGCCCCCUGGAACGGGAAAGACAAUCACCCUGGUUGAGGCUAUGAAUCAGGUCAGCAGGGCAGAGCCGUCAGCCCACAUCCUCGCCUGUGCACCCUCCAACAGUGCAUGUGACCUUCUCUGUGAGAGACUGCUGGUACACAUGGAUCCUCAUCAGGUUUACCGUUUGUACGCCAGCAGCCGAGACCCUAGAAGUGUCUCCAAGACGCUGCUGAAAAAUUGUAACUGGGACCAGACACAAGAUGGUUUUGUGUUUCCGGAUAAAGAAACUCUAAUGAAAUACACAAUCAUCGUCACAACCAUGAUCACAGCCGGCAGACUGGUGUCUGGAGGAAUCCCAGUUGGCCAUUUUACCCACAUCUUCAUGGAUGAAGGAGGCCAGGCAGUGGAGCCAGAGUGCGUCAUUGCUAUUGCAGGUCUGCUCAGUGCAGGGGACGGUCAGCUGGUGCUGGCAGGAGAUCCCAAGCAGCUGGGGCCGAUCCUCCGAUCCCGUCUCGCGUUGGAGCACGGACUCGGACUUUCUCUGCUGGAGAGACUGAUGACAGGUAAUGCUUUGUACCAGAAAAGUAAAGACUCAGAGCAAUUCGACACCCGCUUUGUCACCAAACUGCUGCGAAACUACAGGUCUCAUGCUGCCAUUCUGAAAAUCCCCAAUGAGGAGUUCUAUGACAAUGAACUGCAGGUGUUUGCUGACCAGUGGGAUCGUGAGGCCUACUGCAACUGGGAAUACCUUCCCAAAAAGGGUUUCCCACUGAUCUUCCACGGGGUGAUGGGCAAAGACGAGAGAGAGGCCAACAGUCCGUCCUUCUUCAACGUGUCUGAGAUUGAAGUUCUGGUCGACUACCUCAUCAAGCUGAUGGAGACGCAGGGAAAAAAGGGUCUCCCCAAACUCGCUGCAAAAGACAUCGGCAUAAUCACCCCCUACAGGAAACAAGUCGAGAAAAUCCAAAAGGCCCUGAAGUCCGUCUCAGCUCAGAGGCGAUGGAGCGAUCUGACAGAGCUCAAGGUGGGGUCUGUGGAGGAGUUCCAGGGUCAGGAGAGAAAGAUCAUCAUGGUCUCUACUGUCCGCAGCAGCAUCAACUACGUCAAGAUGGACAAAGACUUCAACAUUGGAUUCCUGUCAAAUGAGAAGAGAUUCAACGUGGCCGUGACCAGAGCCAGGUCCCUGUUGAUCGUCGUCGGAAACCCUGUGAUUCUCAACAAGGACGCCACCUGGAAGAAGUUCAUCAGCUACUGCGUGGAAGAGAAGGGUUACACCGGAUUUGACUUUAACGACGUAGAAGGAGAAGACGAUAUUGUGUCAAGACUGGCAACCCUGAAAAUCAACGUGGACUCAGACUGUCCUGUAGCAGAGGAGAGUGCCCGCCAGCUGUACGAGGAGCCCGAAUGGAAAAAUGAGCAUUAAAAUCUCUGUUAGACCACCACCACUAAAGAAAGAACCAUUUGCAGUGGAAUCCUCUGAAAAUGAUCAGAUACAAGUACAUAAACAUGCCUAUAAAGCAUCAGUAAUCAUUUUUUUCCUCUUUGAGCUUAAAACACAUUAAACACUGGCAAUUUAAGGUAUAGUAUGCACGAUUUUCCUUUAAAACAAUAUUUAGACAUGAUAAAUACGUAUUUAUCUGCAGAGACUCUGCCUUCUGCCUGUAUUCUCUGAUUUUGCUGUAGUCAGGACAUUUCUGGGCUGCACCCUCUGCAACAUUGCUGCAAACAGGCAGUUCAUUUUCUGGCUAAUUUAAAAUAUGAAUCAGACUCUUCUAUUCUUCUCAGGAAUUCAUCACCGUUUGUCUUACUACUCUUUGCACUUUACAAGUUGGUCUCUUUUUAACUCCUCUGUUUCUUGCUGAUAAUAAUUGACCUCUGAAAUAAACUUUCAUUUUUGAACCA